AUGAAAUUAGUGAUGUCAAUGGCGGAAGAAAGUUCCCCUAUUUUCAGUUUUAACUUCUCUCAACCAGCUGGAACUCUGCAAUGCUAUCAGUGCGGCUCCCAAAUGCUCUCUGAAGGAGUCGAACUGGAAAUUCCAUGUGAUGCUUCCCAUACAUGUUUCGGCACGGUAUGCGUAACAGUACGCGGAAAGAAGAAUUGCGCAUACUGUGGUACAUCAUUGAGCGACGAUUUGCCGAAAAAUGGUUGUGAUGAAAAUGAUCCGGAAAAGGUAUUCGUUUGCCACACGCCGCUAUGCAACAACCUCAACCUAACCAAAGCAGCUCCAGAUAAAGUACCAGAUUCUGGAGCAAAGUCAGGAUUAGCUGAUGGAAAUUUAAGCGCCAGCUUAGAGAAACCAACCGCACCCGAUACGACUAGUUCAGCAAAUGCAUGCCAGCCCUGUACAACUGGUGCUUCUGAUGCUGCAAAUUCAUCCUCAGCAUGCACAUCUAGUGCUGCACAUUCAUCCACGCAAAAUACAAGUAGCAUUUCUGAUGCUACAGCAAAUUCUACGACGCGAAAUUGCGGCUAUGGUGCCGCAGCUAAUUUAACCAAACCGAACCCUGGCUGUAAUUCUGACAUUACAAAUUCAACCAUAUCAAGCAAAGAUGGCGCUUCCGGCACUGCUAAUUUGACCAAUUCAAAUACAAGUAGUUCUUCCGCUGGAAAAGCAAAUUCAACUACGGCAGGUUGCACAUCUAACGCGACCAGGCUAGAACUGAGUAGUGCAACUAAUUCGACUAUGUCAGGCGCAAAUGACGCAGGUAAUUCAACAAAGUCGGAUGCAGGAGGCGCAGCAAAUUUGACCAAGUUAGUCGUGAACGGCGCAGCCAAUUCGUCAAAGUCGAAUGCGGGAGAUGUCGCUAAUUCGACUAAGCAAGGUACAGGUGGCAUAGGUAAUUUGACUAAGCCAGGAACCGAUGACGCAGCAAAUUUCACGAAAGCAGAUGCAGGGGUCAUGGCCAAUUCCUCUAAAACAGAAGUAGGAGGUGCAGCUGCUCCGAUCAAGUCAAAACUGAGUGACGCAGCUAAUUCGACUGGAUUAGGUACCGGUGGUGCAGCUGGUGCGACCAAGCCAAGUGGAGAUGGCGCUUCUGGCACUUCGGCAAAUUCGUCGGGAUUAAAUACAGAUUCAAGACCAAAGUGUGUGAACAAGAAAAUGAAUCCGAACAAGCAGGCCGCAGCUGUAGCUGAGAAUCUGAAAGAAGCGGUGGCCAAUGCUUUUGGCAGCGACACUAUGGGUGUGAAAGAUUUUGAAGCAGCAAUGGAUAAUUUUAUUUGUGAUCCAUCAUGA